CUGCAGUUGCAGCAGCAAUAGAUUCCCUGGUUGUGUAGUGACGUCAGGAGCGGCGGCCAUUUCCCCCUGGUCUGAGCUCCGCCUUCCUUCUAUCAUUCCCACAAGGCAGCAGGAGCAGAGAGCAGCCAUUGCUGUGUCUGGCAGCAGGAUUACACAGUAGUGAGGAAGACAUCCAGUGAGUGUGAGACCCCAGCAGCCGUCCAAGUGUGCCAGGAGGACUGAACAGGACCCAGAGACCCAUCACGGUGCCUCCACCUCACUCACUGAUACAUGAGAGGCACAAUGACCAGAAGAUCCUGGAACUCACCAACAAGAUCAUUCAGCUGCUGACUGGAGAGGAGGGUGAGUUUAUAGAGGAACACGGGUCUGUACAAGGACGUGAUGAUGGAGAAUCACCGGCCUCUCACAUCACUGGAUGGACCCAGUAACAAAGAUACCCCAGAGAGAUGUCCCCGUCCUCUGUAUUCCCAGGACUGUACAGAGGAGAAUCACAGGAACCUACAGGAGGAUCAGGAUGAAGACCAGACUGAUAUGAAGGCAGAAUAUAUAGAUGGAGAAGAGACGUAUGUGACUGAUAUGAAGGCAGAAGAUGCAGAGGGAAAAGAAGAGAUGUAUGUGACUGAUAUGAAGGCAGAAGAUAUAGAGGGAGAAGAAGAGACGUAUGUGACUGAUAUGAAGGCAGAAGAUAUAGAGGGAGAAGAAGAGAUGUAUGUGACUGAUAUGAAGGCAGAAGAUAUAGAGGGAGAAGAAGAGACGUAUGUGACUGAUAUGAAGGCAGAAGAUGCAGAGGGAGAAGAGACGUAUGUGACUGAUAUGAAGGCAGAAGAUAUAGAGGGAGAAGAAGAGACGUAUGUGACUGAUAUAAAGGCAGAAGAUAUAGAGGAAGAAGAGACGUAUGUGACUGAUAUGAAGGCAGAAGAUGCAGAGGGAGAAGAAGAGACGUAUGUGACUGAUAUGAAGGCAGAAGACAUAGAGGGAGCAGAAGAGACGUAUGUGACUGACAUGAAAGUAGAAUCUAUAGAGGAAGAAAAAGAAACAUAUAAGACAAAUAUUAAGACAGAAGAUGCAGAGGGAGAAGAGACGUAUGUGACUGAUAUGAAGGGAGAAGAAGAAAUGUAUCUGAUCAAUAUUAAGGUAGAAGAUAUAGAGGGAGAAGAGGAGACGUAUGUGACUGAUAUGAAGGCAGAAGAUAUAGAGGGAGAAGAAGAGACGUAUGUGACUGAUAUGAAGGCAGAAGAUAUAGAGGGAGAAGAGGAGACGUAUGUGAGGGGUGAUCAGCAGUGUAAGGAGGAGGAAAUCCCUACAGAUAUCGGCACAGAUGGGCGCAAUACAAAGAAUACCUCGGAGGAACAUUGCAUUUGGUCUCCAGGUUGUAAAUUAGAAGAUAUCGCACGAGGGUCUUCAGACGAAAACCACCUUUCCCUGAAUAUACAUCCAGCGCUUCACAGUGCAAAUAUAUCAUCUGAUCUCUCUAUUCUUGAAGAGUGCUCUCCUGGUGACUCAAAUAUUGCUUCACAUAGUAAAGAUCAUAGCGGUGAUGCAGUAAUUUCUUCUUCUGAGUAUGGGAAAUGUUUUACACACAAAUCAUCUCUUGUUAGACGUCAGCAAUGUCACACAGAUGAAAAUCCAUUUGCAUGCUCUGAGUGUGGGAAAUGUUUUACACGCAAAUCACAUCUUGUUAGACAUGAGAGAUGUCACACAGGUGAGAAACCAUUUCCAUGCCCCGAGUGUGGGAAAUGUUUUACAGAGAAAUCAAAUCUUCUUGCACAUCAACGACGUCACACAGGUGAGAAGCUAUUUGAAUGCUCUCAGUGUGGGAAAUGUUAUACACAGAAAUCAUAUCUUGUUAUACAUCAGAUAACUCACACAGGUGAGAAGCCAUUUGCAUGCUCUGAGUGUGGGAAAUGUUAUACACAGAAAUCAUAUCUUGUUAUACAUCAGAGAACUCACACAGGUAAGAAGUCAUUUGCAUGUACUGAGUGUGGGAAAUGUUUUACACAGAAAUCACAUCUGGUUAUACAUCAGAGACGUCACACAGGUGAGAAACCAUUUCCAUGUUCUGAGUGUGGGAAAUGUUUUACACAGAAAUCACAUCUUGUUAUACAUGAGAGAAAUCACACAGGUGAGAGGCCAUUUCCAUGCUCUGAGUGUGGGAAAUGUUUUACACAGAAAUCACAUCUUGUUAUACAUGAGAGAAGUCACACAGGUGAGAGGCCAUUUGCAUGUUCCGAGUGCGGGAAAUGUUUUAAAGAUAAAUCUGGCCUUUGUACACACACACAAUUUCACACAGAUGUGAAACCAUUUCCGUGUUCUAAUUGUGAUAAGUAUUUUACUCAGAAAUCAUCUCUUGUUACACAUCAGAGAAUUCACACAGGUGAGAAGCCUUUUCCAUGCUCUGAGUGUGGGAAAUGUUUUACACAGGCAUCAUCUCUUGUUACACAUAAGAGUAGUCACACAGGUGAGAAGCCAUUUCCAUGCUCUGAGUGUGGGAAAUGUUUUACACGGAAAUUACAUUGUGUUAUACAUGAGAGAAGUCACACAGGAGAAAAGCCAUUUCCAUGCUCUGAGUGUGGGAAAUGUUUUACACAUAAAUCAUCUCUUGUUAUGCAUGAGAGAAGUCACACAGGUGAGAAGCCAUUUACAUGCUCUGAGUGUGGGAAAUGUUUUACACAGACAUCAUCUCUUCGUAGACAUGAGAAGUCACAUAGAUAUGGGCGCAAUACAAAGAAUACCUCGGAGGAACAUUGCAUUUGGUCUCCAGGUUGUAAAUUAGAAGAUAUCGCACGAGGGUCUUCAGACGAAAACCACCUUUCCCUGAAUAUACAUCCAGCGCUUCACAGUGCAAAUAUAUCAUCUGAUCUCUCUAUUCUUGAAGAGUGCUCUCCUGGUGACUCAAAUAUUGCUUCACAUAGUAAAGAUCAUAGCGGUGAUGCAGUAAUUUCUUCUUCUGAGUAUGGGAAAUGUUUUACACACAAAUCAUCUCUUGUUAGACGUCAGCAAUGUCACACAGAUGAAAAUCCAUUUGCAUGCUCUGAGUGUGGGAAAUGUUUUACACGCAAAUCACAUCUUGUUAGACAUGAGAGAUGUCACACAGGUGAGAAACCAUUUCCAUGCCCCGAGUGUGGGAAAUGUUUUACAGAGAAAUCAAAUCUUCUUGCACAUCAACGACGUCACACAGGUGAGAAGCUAUUUGAAUGCUCUCAGUGUGGGAAAUGUUAUACACAGAAAUCAUAUCUUGUUAUACAUCAGAUAACUCACACAGGUGAGAAGCCAUUUGCAUGCUCUGAGUGUGGGAAAUGUUAUACACAGAAAUCAUAUCUUGUUAUACAUCAGAGAACUCACACAGGUAAGAAGUCAUUUGCAUGUACUGAGUGUGGGAAAUGUUUUACACAGAAAUCACAUCUGGUUAUACAUCAGAGACGUCACACAGGUGAGAAACCAUUUCCAUGUUCUGAGUGUGGGAAAUGUUUUACACAGAAAUCACAUCUUGUUAUACAUGAAAGAAAUCACACAGGUGAGAGGCCAUUUCCAUGCUCUGAGUGUGGGAAAUGUUUUACACAGAAAUCACAUCUUGUUAUACAUGAGAGAAGUCACACAGGUGAGAGGCCAUUUGCAUGUUCCGAGUGCGGGAAAUGUUUUAAAGAUAAAUCUGGCCUUUGUACACACACACAAUUUCACACAGAUGUGAAACCAUUUCCGUGUUCUAAUUGUGAUAAGUAUUUUACUCAGAAAUCAUCUCUUGUUACACAUCAGAGAAUUCACACAGGUGAGAAGCCUUUUCCAUGCUCUGAGUGUGGGAAAUGUUUUACACAGGCAUCAUCUCUUGUUACACAUAAGAGUAGUCACACAGGUGAGAAGCCAUUUCCAUGCUCUGAGUGUGGGAAAUGUUUUACACGGAAAUUACAUUGUGUUAUACAUGAGAGAAGUCACACAGGAGAAAAGCCAUUUCCAUGCUCUGAGUGUGGGAAAUGUUUUACACAUAAAUCAUCUCUUGUUAUGCAUGAGAGAAGUCACACAGGUGAGAAGCCAUUUACAUGCUCUGAGUGUGGGAAAUGUUUUACACAGACAUCAUCUCUUCGUAGACAUGAGAAAUGUCACACAGGUGAGAAACCAUUUCCAUGCCCCGAGUGUGGGAAAUGUUUUACAGAGAAAUCAAAUCUUCUUGCACAUCAACGACGUCACACAGGUGAGAAGCUAUUUGAAUGCUCUCAGUGUGGGAAAUGUUAUACACAGAAAUCAUAUCUUGUUAUACAUCAGAUAACUCACACAGGUGAGAAGCCAUUUGCAUGCUCUGAGUGUGGGAAAUGUUAUACACAGAAAUCAUAUCUUGUUAUACAUCAGAGAACUCACACAGGUAAGAAGUCAUUUGCAUGUACUGAGUGUGGGAAAUGUUUUACACAGAAAUCACAUCUGGUUAUACAUCAGAGACGUCACACAGGUGAGAAACCAUUUCCAUGUUCUGAGUGUGGGAAAUGUUUUACACAGAAAUCACAUCUUGUUAUACAUGAGAGAAAUCACACAGGUGAGAGGCCAUUUCCAUGCUCUGAGUGUGGGAAAUGUUUUACACAGAAAUCACAUCUUGUUAUACAUGAGAGAAGUCACACAGGUGAGAGGCCAUUUGCAUGUUCCGAGUGCGGGAAAUGUUUUAAAGAUAAAUCUGGCCUUUGUACACACACACAAUUUCACACAGAUGUGAAACCAUUUCCGUGUUCUAAUUGUGAUAAGUAUUUUACUCAGAAAUCAUCUCUUGUUACACAUCAGAGAAUUCACACAGGUGAGAAGCCUUUUCCAUGCUCUGAGUGUGGGAAAUGUUUUACACAGGCAUCAUCUCUUGUUACACAUAAGAGUAGUCACACAGGUGAGAAGCCAUUUCCAUGCUCUGAGUGUGGGAAAUGUUUUACACGGAAAUUACAUUGUGUUAUACAUGAGAGAAGUCACACAGGAGAAAAGCCAUUUCCAUGCUCUGAGUGUGGGAAAUGUUUUACACAUAAAUCAUCUCUUGUUAUGCAUGAGAGAAGUCACACAGGUGAGAAGCCAUUUACAUGCUCUGAGUGUGGGAAAUGUUUUACACAGACAUCAUCUCUUCGUAGACAUGAGAAGUCACAUAGAUGAGAACCAGCUAUUUUAAGACAUCAGAUAGUCACAGUUGAAUUUCUUUGGUAGACAAGAAACGAUGUAGCAUUAAUAUUUACAUGUAAGAAAAGUUAUAACAUUUGUUUAUUUAGCACCUUUUUCACUAUAAAGUGUUGCUAACACAUUGCGCAUAGGCCAAAAGCCGUUGAGGGCAGCUCUUAACAUGCGAUUUUUAGCAGUAGCAGUUUUAAGAAAAUGGCAAUUUCAGUCUCAAUAGCGAUCCACGCUGAUUGAGGUCCCAAAUCCCAUAUCACACACAUUAUUGUUUUAUUUUUAACCUUUGUUGGAGAAAACCAGAGUAAUCAGUGGCAAGCUAAACAAGCAAGAAGAGAACACACAAACUCCACACAAAUAGUGCCUUGGUAAGGAUCAUAUCUGAAGCAGCAGUUGUAACCACUAUGCAGCCAUGAAUAGUAAUAGUUCUUCCUUUGAAUAUAUGAUGAAAGCAGGCAUAAUUAAAUGUGCAGAGUGUAUUCAGAUCAGCGGCACUGCUAUGGGGGUAGUGAAUGCCCCCUAAUAUGAAACUUGUUUCCAGUGGUGGCUUCAGGGGGACAGGAUCAACCAAACCCUCACGUUACCAUUACUAGCAACACAGUCAGAGGGAGGGGUCUGGUGUGAGGGUGGGGCUACACAGCACAUGGUACAGCUCUGGCCCCUGUAUACACUAUGGUAGAUAGAAGGGGGGGGGAGCAGCCGCAGAGUAGCCAAUAUGCUGCCUGUUGUAUAAGAGGGAGGGGGCACUGUAUUGUGUAUGUGUGUGACCAUCUAAUUAUGGGCCUAAUUCAGACCUGAUCGCUCGCUAGGCUUUUUUUGCAGUCCUGCGUUCACAUAGUCGCUGCCCAUAGGGGAGUGUAUUUUUGUUUUAUGCGAAUGCAUGUGUAGCAGAGCUGUGUGAACAGAUCUUGUGCAGUCUCUGCGCAGCCGAGGACUUACUCAGUCACUGCGAUCACUUCAGCCUCUCCGGGACCGGAACUGACGUCCGACACCCGCCCUGUGAACGCUUAGGCACACCUGCGUUUUCCCAACCACUCCCUGAAAACGGUCAGUUGCCACCCACAAACGCCUUCUUCCUCUCAAUCUCCUUGCGAACGCCCGUGCGAAUGGAUUCUUUGCACAAACCCAUCGCUGAGUGGCGAUCCGCUUUGUACCCGUGGAACGCACCUGUGAAUUGCGGUGCAUACGCAUGAUAAUCGAUAAGGGAGGAGGGGUAAUGGAUAUCUUCUGCACUAGUGAAAAGUCAAUUAGUAUUUCAUUAAA